CGGAGUUGUGAUUGGAAGAGCUUAUGGUUUAUUUAUAGAGUGUUUAGAUUGUUGAUGUUAUAAGAAAGAGGCGAUGAUGAAAGCUGUUAUUUUGGCUGCAGGUUAUGGGACGAGGCUGCAGAGGGACAUUGAGAAGGACCAGACUGGACUCUUUCAGCAUUUACAGGGUGUUGCUAAACCGCUACUUCCGGUCGGAGCAUGCGCCCUCAUCUCCCAUUGGCUGAGAGCUCUCACUCUGUCUGCUUGUGUGGAUCAAGUGUUUGUAGUGACCAAUGCUCUUUACCAUGAGGCAUUCCAGCUCUGGGCUCAAGAGUUCCCCGGUGUUCAAGUUCUUAACGAUGGGACGAGAAAUAAUGAGGAGCGACUCGGGGCAGUCGCAUGCCUUCAGCUGGCAGUGAAUCACUUUGCAGUGCACGAUGAUGUCAUCGUGAUCGGAGGCGACACGCUGUUUAAAGAGGACUUCAGUCUCAGAACGUUCACAGAGCGCUUCGCUGAGUUGCAGAAGAAAAGCCAAGACGGCAACCUGGUGCUCUCGUACCAGUGCGAGGACGAGGAAACGUCAAAGUACGGCAUCCUGGAGGUGGAUUCAGACUUUCGAGUGCAGCGUAUGAGGGAGAAGCCUCUUCCGACCGAGACACACUCACGCAGCGCCUGUCCCUGUUUUUACUCGUUUUCGAGAGCAACGCUUCCUCUGCUGGACGUCUUCCUGAAGGAGAAGGAGACCAGACCACUUGAGGAGAGAGAUGCACCGGGGAACUUCCUGUCAUGGCUUCUCUCAAGGAGGCCGGUGUAUGUCCAUGAGAUAUCCGGACGGUUCGAUGUCGGAAACCUCGCCUCUUAUACAGAUUGCGACAGAUACUUCAGAGAACAGCUUCAAAAUCCAGAGCUUUAUUUAAUAUAGUAUUCAAACACAGAUUCUUCAGUUGCGCACAGGACUCACGCUCUAAUUUGCGAUCAGUCUCGUGCAUUUUUCCGACGCCUUUUCGUGGCUGUUCUCCAGCUUGGCUAUCCGAGAACCGAACUGCAUGGCUCUCUUGGGCAGUACGGCAGAAGGUCCGAGUCCGAGCUCUACGGCCGCCAGCCUCAGGAGGAGCUUUUCUCCGAGUCCCCGGGGCCGAGACAGAUCUGCUUUCUCCCAAACCGGCAGCGUGUUCAGGAAGCUCACCACGUCCUCGUCCAAGUACGGAAAUCUGAGCACGGGAA